AUGGAUACACCUGCAGAUCAUACCAAGAACAACAAAUCCCCUGCCCAAUAUGAAGCUGAACGAGCAGAGCAACAAUCGGUGGUUGAUGGAGAUUCAAAAAACGCUAAUGCGAAUAUGACGGUUCUUGAUGAUACUGCCGCGAUACCGAAAGGGACAGUCGAUCCGGUUUAUGAAGCGAAAGCAAAGGUCUUGAAUAAUGCGAUUCAAGAGAUUGGAAUGGGGUGGUAUCAAUGGCAACUCUUUAUUGUUGUUGGUUUUGGUUGGGCUAACGAUAAUCUGUGGCCUAUCGUCACUUCCUUAAUUUUCCCUGCAAUUGUAAAGGAAUUCUCACCAUCUAGACCACCACUACUUUCCCUUGCUCAAAAUAUCGGACUCCUCGCUGGUGCCAUGUUCUGGGGAUUUGGUUGCGACAUUUUCGGUCGUCGCUGGGCUUUCAAUUUGACUCUGGGAAUCACAGCAGUUUUUGGCCUCAUUGCUGCUGGAUCGCCGAAUUUUGCUGCCAUUGGAUGCUUCGCUGCACUUUGGAGUUUCGGAGUCGGUGGAAAUCUUCCUGUGGAUUCGGCUGUAUUUCUCGAAUUUCUGCCGGGCUCUCAUCAGUAUCUACUUACCAUUCUGAGCAUUUAUUGGGCUGUCGCUCAGGUCAUUGCAAAUCUCAUCGCAUGGCCGCUAUUGGGUAACUUGAGCUGUGAGGAAACUGCUGAGACUUGCACAAGAAAAGCGAAUAUGGGCUGGAGAUAUUUUGUUAUCACUAUGGGAUGUAUCUCUAUGGCUGAGUUUUUCAUUCGAUUCGUGUUCUUUACCAUUCACGAAUCGCCAAAGUAUUUGAUGGGCAAGGGAAGAGACGAAGAUGCGCUCAGGGUUGUGCAUGAUGUUGCCAGGCGCAAUGGAAAAACGUCAAACUUAACUAUCGACGACCUGCGAGCCUGCGACGCUCUCGGAUCCGGUCCUUUAACAACUGACGCCUCUGCAGCUCUCAAGCGCAAACUCGAGAAAGUAAAUCUGACCCACGUUCGCGCACUUUUCGCUACACCAAAACUAAUUUGGUCAACUUCUUUGAUCAUGCUUGUCUGGGCUUUCAUCGGUCUCGGAUACCCUCUGUACAAUGCGUUCUUACCAUACAUCCAGGCAACUCGUGGUGCUGAAUUCGGCGACGGGUCCACUUACCUCACGUACCGCAACUCCUUGAUCAUUGCAGUUCUUGGUAUUCCAGGUGCACUACUUGGUGGCGUUCUCGUGGAAGUCCCAAAAUUCGGAAGAAAAGGGGCACUUGCUGUUUCCACGGUCCUCACCGGUGUUUUCCUCUACGCUUCAACGACUGCAUUAACGUCAAAUGCACUACUUGGUUGGAAUUGUGCUUUCAAUUUCUUCAGUAACAUUAUGUAUGCCGUUCUUUACGCGUACACGCCUGAAAUAUUUGUCACCAAAGAUCGGGGAACUGGGAACGCUUUGACGGCCACGGCAAAUCGCGUUUUCGGAAUUAUGGCUCCUAUUAUCGCUAUGUUUGCAAAUCUGGAAACUGCGGCGCCGGUGUAUACUUCUGGCGCACUGUUUAUUGCUGCUGGUCUGUUGGUUUUGGCCUUGCCCUUUGAACCGCGAGGGAAAGCGAGCUUGUGA